UUUCAGUUCGUUUUUGUCACCCGUUCGUGCUGCACGGCACACGCGUCGUAUGAGCGAUAUUACCUGCCAUUUUAAGACUGCUUUAUUGGAUUUUGGCGCAAGAAGGCAAGAAAGCCGGCUAAAGUGUCCCUCGUGGGUGUGUGUGCGUGUGUUGCCGGAAAUACUUUGAGCAAUCGAAACGACAAGAAGCGAAAUAAAAGAAAAAAUAUAGAACCAAAACAAAAGCCUAAGCAAAUUAACUUGGCCCAUUCGUUGUAUUGCGAGUAUUGUUCUGCUGGUUAUAUUAUGUUUGGUUCUCUGCCCAGCCCUCCUGCCAGCACGAAAGUAGGUUAAUUGACGUGUGUUGUGGGCGUAUCUACAAGGAAAAUAAUAUAAAAAAGUACCUACAAGUAGAAAAACAAAUACCAGAGCAGCCAGUGAAGUGGUCGGUUGACCCUAGAUAAAUCAAAAGUGUGGACAGCAAGUCAAGCUAAUAGAAGGUCACCCGGGGAGGAGGCGAAUCCUUGGAGCGGGAGCAGCCAAUGCAACCUGCACAGACAUCAUUAGACGUGAAUAGCAACCACACAAAAUGCUGAUACUGCUGCCGCUGCUUGGAAUUUUUGGUAAUGGUUUCCUUGCUGAAGUCGAGGCAAAUCUAAGUCUGGGCUUUAAGGCCAUCAAAUUGCCCAGGCAUCCGAAUCCGGCCAAUUGCAGCGUGGGCAACACAACAUUCGCACAUGGAGUCACAUUUAAAUUGGAUUGUAAAACCCAAUGCGUUUGCGAGAAUGGCCGCCACGCCUGCUCCACGCUCUGCCCCAACGAGCAGCUCCCGGCGCCGGAGGACACGAUUUCCUGCCGAUCGCCGCGCCUCGUCGAAGUUCCCGGCCACUGUUGCAAGAUGUGGCUCUGUGAGAAUCCAACAGCUGAUGUUUACGCCACCUGCCACAACAGCACCACCAGCGGCAACUGGACCGCCUGCAGCAGGAGCUGCGGCCUUGGCACCGCCACGCGGCACACCACCACCCACGCGGGCUGCCAUCAACUAAGCAAUUUGCGGCUCUGCCAGAAUCGCAGGUGCGACAAGGACGACCGCAAGGACAAUAAGUGGAGCAGCAGCCGCCCGCUGACGCACAAGCGGAAGCAGCAUCGCGCCCACAGCCACUCCCAUCAGCAUUAUCAUCACCACAAGGAGCACGAGGCGCAGGAGGAGCAGAAGGAGCACGAGGAGCCGGCCCACAGGAUACGAAAGGGCCACGAGUGCCGGAGCAUCCAGCGCCUAGGUCCUGCCAGGAUACGACUGGGCGAGUGCGUUUCCCGAAAGCUGUAUCGACCGAAGCUCUGUGGCCGUUGCCAUCGCGGGGUCAAGUGCUGUGCCCCGUCGGUGUCCACCACGAUACAGGUCGAGUUGCUGUGUCCUUUAAAUGCUGUCGAUCCAAUUAACUACGUACAGCGACGUCAACCGAACAAAAAGAGGCAGAUGAAGGAGCCCCAGGAUGAUGAAGAUGAUGAUGAUGAUGUGGAGCAUGAGCCGUUGCUGCAAAGUGCACAGUUAUGGGACACGGUCGCCUUGGAGCCAAUCGAUCAGGAAUUUCUGCAAUCACACCAGAUACAAAUAGAGAAUAAAUUCAUUGCCGUCGAAUGGAUACUGAAAUGUGAAUGCAGCACGAAGAAUUGCAACGCAGACAGCAGCAACAUCAGCAGCAACGUAAACGACAAUAUGGCUAACACGAAUAAAUAUGGUUAUUACAAUUACAAAAACAAUAACAACAACCGAGGCCGGAACCACGAAACUAAUGGCGAACCAAAUGAGCCGACCAACAACAAUGCCGCCAACAACAAGGACAACGAAGAGGAUGUGGUCGACAGCGGCAACAACCUCGACCACAACGACGUGGAUGUGGAUGUGGACAACAUGUCCUCGGAACAGCAGCCGGAUAUAAUACCCUAUCCGCCAAGUGUGGGCGAAUCCAGUUGGAAGGCCGAAAAGCUGCGGCAGCAACAGCAGCAGCACUGGCUGCAAAACACAUAGCGUAAGCGAAUCCCGCGCAAGUUAUAGGAUGGAACUCGAUCGGCGGAGGGCAAGGAUAUAAGGCAGUUAAGGCAGUUAAGGCAGUUAAGGCAGUUAGAGAGUAGAGUUAAGAUUUGUACAGCAUAGCGAUACUUAAGGCCCCAAGGACGGUUAGGACUGUAAGGGGAAGUGGGAGAGGCGAUGCAAGUAAUAAUAGGAUUUGAACAUAUCGAGGCAGUAAGUUUAUUUAUGUGAACGAUAGGGUUAGUACUAAACCAAGGGCAAACAACAAACGCAGGCCGAGUAAAAUAUAAUAAACAAUAUUUUUGCAAGCAUCUAUACACAGCAACAAACGCGACAAACCAAAGAAAAAAAGAAGACAGAAAGAAAAUUGAACAUUUUCAGAAGAUCAUUGAAAUGGAAUGCUGCCCCAUAAUGACGUACGUAUAUGGUAAUAAUAAUUUAAAUAAUAUACGAGCAUAUGUAAAAGGCUUAAGCAACCCAAAACCAAAUGAACAAAUGCGAAGUUCGUGUGCAUUCAAGUUAUAACUGUGCUAUAUACUCACUUGUAUUCCGAUCUACACGUACGCCUAAGACUCUGCUUGAACAAAGAAUUUAGCUGGAUGCAAAUGGACAAGGCCAGGAUCCUGGUCAUAGUUUCGUUAACCCCCAACCACACAUAUCCCCGGAAAUAUCCCGAAUCGAGUUCUCUGAUUUAGGUCAUGUGUCGAGCGAGGCUUAGCCAUCACCCAUAUCAAAUGUAUCGAUGUAAGUCAACUCUUAGCUAGCGUCAGAGUUAUCCGUGUGCAGGCGAAAUUCAGAAUAAAUUAAAUGCGAAAAUAUUAAA